AUGCUGCGACGGGUACUUCGUCCGGCGCGCCGCGUCCCCCUCUGGCUCGUCCUCCCCGUCGGCCUGGCCUUCUUCUUCGAGGUCUGCAUCCAUAUGUACCAGUACCACGUGCCCAAGCCCGACCGCGAGCUCGACGCCCCCUUCUUCACAACAUGCCAGGAGCCCGACACGACGGCGCCGCGCGAGAACGCCGUGCUGGUCAUGCUCGCCCGCAACUCGGAGCUGGUCGCCGCCAACAAGACCAUCACCAGCAUCGACCACGCCUUCAACCGCUGGUUCAACUACCCCAUUGUCUUCAUGAACGAUGAGCCCUGGAGCCAGAAGUUCAUCGACGUGCUGAACAAGACCUCGCGCGGCCUGGCCACCUUCGAGGUCAUCCCCCAGAAGACCUGGACCUUUCCCGAGUGGAUGAACGAGGGCGCCGCGAAGCAGGCCAUCAAGGAGCAGGGCGAGCAGGGCCUCCCGCACGCCGGGAGCGAGGGAUACCAUCACAUGUGCCGGUACUAUUCUGGCAAAUUCUACCAGAUGGAUUUCCUGAAGAAGUACAAGUGGUACUGGCGCCUCGAACCAGACGUUGACUUCACCUGCUCCAUCACCUACGACCCCUUUGUGCAGAUGGCCAAGAACGACAAGGUCUACGGCUUUACAAUCGCGCUGUGGGAGGUCGGGAAGACGUGCCCCUCGCUGUUCCGCGAGAUGGCCGACUGGAAGGAGAUGCACGGCAUCCCCACCAACAACCUGUGGCGAGCCAUGGUGCAGGCCAGCUGGAUGCCGUUCCCCUUCCGGCGCUUUCUGAACUUCCUCGCGCACAGGGACAGGUCCGGCGACCCCUGGAGCUUGUGCCACUACUGGAGCAACUUCGAGAUUGCCGACAUGGACUUCUUCCGCAGUCCGGCCUACCAGGAUUUCUUCGAGUACCUGGACAAGAAGGGAGGCUUUUACUUUGAGCGUUGGGGCGACGCCGCUGUCCACUCCCUCGCUGUCGCCAUGUACGUCGACCCGCGCCAAGUCCACCACUUCGAGGACUUUGGGUACCGGCACGACAAGCUGUACCAGUGCCCGGCCAACGCGCCCGGCGGCCAGCUCCCGGGCUCCCUGGCCCUGGGCAACGAGCCGUGGUCGCCCGAGAUGGACGGUGGGGUCGGGUGCCGCUGCACCUGCGACGGCCGCACCCGCCGCAACUUUGAGGGCUACUGCCUGAACAAGGUCAAGCAGCCCAACACGCGCUCGCGCCCCUGGAUGACCUGGUUCCUCUAG